UGGGUGCAGGACAUAAUUUGAUCGAGCACGUCGGAGCGCACUCGUCUUUGGUUGUCCCGCCCGAACUCGCACCCCCGUCAAAACCCGCGGGGUCGUCUCUCUCGAACGGCGCGCGCGGACUCUCCAAACCUACCCUCCUUCUCCUCCAACAAUGGCCGCCGCCUCCUUCUCCUCCUCCUCCUCCGGCGCCCUCUCCGCCUCCUUCCUCCGCUCCCCAUCCGACCCUCGGCCCCGAUCCCUCUCCCUCUCUCUCUCCCUCUCCCCCUCCCGCUCCUGCUCCCUCCGCGCGCGGCACCCCUCCCUCCCCAAACCAUUCUUCGUCGCCAGAUCCGGCGGCGGCGGCGGCAUCGGAGGAUCCGGAAACUCCGGCGGCGGAGGCGGCGGCGGCGAUGGGGAGGAGGGGGAUUCGAGGCGGAAGAACCGGGACGAGGCGUUGCUCGCACUGGCGGAGAUCGGGCGAUCCCUGGAAAGCGUCCCGUCCGAUCUGGCUGCGGCGAUCGAGGACGGGAGGAUCCCGGGGGCGAUCGUGCGCCGCUUCGCCGAGCUCGAGAAGUCGCCGCUCUUCCGGUGGCUGAUGCAGUUCGGGGGCUUCAAGGAGCGGCUCCUCGCCGACGAUCUCUUCCUGGCUAAGGUCGCCAUGGAAUGCGGCGUCGGGAUCUUCACCAAGACUGCAGCAGAGUACGAAAGGAGGAGAGAGAAUUUUGUCAAAGAAUUAGAUUUUGUUAUUGCAGAUGUGGUCAUGGCUAUAGUAGCAGAUUUUAUGCUUGUCUGGCUUCCUGCUCCAACUGUGUCACUUCAACCACCUCUUUCAGUUGGCGCUGGUCUCAUCGCUAAAUUCUUCCGCAAUUGCCCAGAUAAUGCUUUUCAGGUUGCUUUGGCUGGAAGAUCUUACUCAUUAUUACAGAGAAUAGGUGCAAUUGUGCGAAAUGGAUCGAAGCUUUUUGUAGUGGGAACUAGUGCAUCUCUGAUUGGGACUGCUGUAACUAAUGCUUUGAUUAAAGCAAGGAAGGCUGUUAACAAGGAUUUUGCUGGUGAAACAGAGGAUAUUCCUAUAGUAUCAACCAGUGUUGCCUAUGGCGUAUACAUGGCAAUUUCAAGCAACCUUAGGUACCAGAUUCUGGCUGGAGUGGUGGAGCAACGGAUCUUGGAGCCGAUGCUACACAACCACAAACUCAUGUUGAGUGCAAUGUGCUUUGCAUUCCGCACGGGAAAUACAUUCUUGGGUUCCUUACUGUGGGUUGACUAUGCAAGGUGGGUAGGCGUCCAAUAGAUUCAAGAAUAAACUGGCGUCGAAGAGCACGUUAAAAGUUGAUUGAAACUCAUUCUAAAAGAUUAUUCAGAGGGAAGAUAGUUCACUGGGAUCAAUUUAACAUACACUAUAUAACUUGCAAAUUUUGGUUUUCCAUCCUUCAUAAUGAUCUUUGGAUUCGCAUCCCUUAUCGAAAGAAACAAAGUGAUCCGGCAGUUUGGUACUAUCUUUUUGGUUCUAUCUUGGUCAAUGGAGUGUGUGUUGUUAUUUAAAUUGUAACAUUGUUGCUUACUCGAUAAGAAUGCUGCCACCUUCCGAUUUUUGUGUGAUUUUAUUUGAUGACGCCAGUGUUGAUGGAUUAUCAAGAGUUAGAAGCAUCUCUUAUUGGUUUUUAACUUUUC